AUGGCAAGGUUCCAGGCUAUAAGCCAUGAGAUAUGCGAGAAGAUUGUGACCUUCGAGCUCAGCAAGAAGGGCAUCAUGGAAUAUGAAACUGAGCUUGACGAGCAGCUAGGAGAGUUGCAGAGCUUAAGAAGCAUCCAAAGCACUACACUGAUCGAGGUUGAUCACCUUAAGAAGGAACUGGUGGAUGCUUCACGCGAUAGGGACUUGGAGUAUCAGGCUAAUAACAAACAGAUCAGGGUCGAGAUGGCGUUGGGUCCAAGGUCAGCAACUCCCUGA